AUGGCAUUAUUUGCGACGUUGUUGCCGUCUAGUCCCAAGAGAACGGAGCAGCAAAAGCUUAUAGUACUCCAGUUAGGACAAAAUCAAUACCCGAGGCCCGUAUUACGUCAAGACUACAGACUCUGAAGCUCUCCCUGGACGAGAAAGGGCCCGUCCGUGAUGUCUCAGCUCUGUAAUUGCGCAGUCCAGUUCUAGAAAAAUCAAGUGCCUUCCAACCACUCCGCGUUGCAUUGGUUUUGGUCAAGGAUCUCCAUUGAUUGCGCUGGGAUUGAGUGGCUGGGAAUGCCCAUCGGGUCGAAUAGCUUCAGAUGAACAAGGUUAACGACGAUUCAAUCUCCGAGAUCCCGAUGAUUCCUGGCUGCACAAUUGCACUAACGAUACCAUCGUACAUUGUGCAUUUCCGGUGGGAAGGUAUAAAGGGGCCGCAAACGGCAGCGCGAAGCUUAGUUACGGAGGCAAAAUGCAGCUGCAGGUCUUAUUGUUGGGGCUGAUCGUUUGUUCCACGUCUGCUCUUACAUUUCCUGACAAAGAUCACGCAGGGUUCCGCGCAAAUCCUCAACGCAGCGUUCAAUUUGGGGAAAGCAUACGAGACUGGAUUAAAAAAGUUCGAGACCGAGUAUUAGGAAAAAAGAAUCCGAUCCAGUUUCCCAAUGAAAUUCCUGACGAGGCAAAGAAUACUCAACUACUGGAGCAACAGACGUCCAAUUCGUGGGGUUUCUUCCUUGAUUUAUCAACACUGACGUUCGAUCCGUUAAGAGAUUGGGGAUUUCGUGUUGGAAGUUGGUACUUCAUUAAAAAAGGAGAUGAAGAGACUUGGAAUUGGUCCGAAGCCAUCGAUUGGGAAGACUCAUCUCAACCAGAGAUUCCAGUUCCAGAGUACGAUUGGCGAAUUAAUAAGGAUGAAAAUGAAAGUCCUAUUCUUACGCGGAAAUCAGACACCGAGCCAUUAAAACCAAUCGUACCAGUGAUUAUAACAAGUGAUGGGAGCUUGAAGAGAUCAAAUGCUGUUAACGUUACGGACAAGAACUCUGAAACUCCGGAGACAAGAGUAGUAGUUGUAUAAUUAAGGUUUUGCUGAUUAUACCAUGCAUAUAAAUUUUGUAAUCAAAAUAAUAUUUUUCUUGAUUUCAAAUUUUAAAAAAAGUUUAUUUUAUAACAUGACGGAUGGAUAUGAUAUUAAUUGCUGUCCAAGACAUUUAUUUCUAAUGAUAAAAAUAUACUAAAUGUAAAACAA